AAGAAGAAGACAUGUGCAGAGUUAUAUCGCAUUUCGAUGGAAUCAAAUUUCUAAAUAUAAUAUAGCUAAAAAUGCCUUUUUCGCCUGGGAAGUUAUCAAAUAACUCUUGUUGUGUAAAAACAAAAAUUUUGGACAUUGUCUUUGCUUCUACGAUUAAAUUUUUAAAUCAAAAUCUCGCCUAAUUCUCCCGGAAUUCUGGCCAUAUGCAUCCCUGCUUGAGGUGCUAGUCAAUCAGCUGAAUUUUCGUUUAGUUCGCUUUAUUUGCAAUUUUUGUUUUGUUGCUGCCUUUUCAAUCGAACUUAAGCAAGUGGCAUAUAAAAACGCGUAUGACUUCUGACAGCAUUGUGUGGCGAUAAAGAAAUUUUUUGUGGUUGCGCAUGGAAAUUUCAUAGCGUUACGUAUGCAUAUUUAAAGAAUUUCACUUUUAGCAAUUGAAUUUUUUUGUUCGAAUUUUGAAUUUAAAUUGCAUGUAGAACUUAGCGGAAGUUGGGCGACGCAACGGACAUUGUGCAAGCACAACGGGUGCAUUUUUAAAUACUUGAAAAUAGUCUAUAUGAUCAAUAACAUGCUACCAGUCAGCGCCACCGUCAACGGGUCGACAAUGGUUAUGACACAAUUGGCGACCUCCGCAGGCCCACCAACACAAUCGCAGCCGUCGUUUGCCAGAGGUGGGGUAAAUGCUGUAACACCGCAAGCAACUCAAGUUCGUAUAGCGGAACCGUUACAUAUACAACGCUUGGAGGCGGCACUAAAUAUGCGACCUUUCAUGGAAUAUGCGAGGCAUGUACUCUCGCAGCCACUGAGCAGUGGCGAUGAUUCAAACGCGACGGAGGAAGACGAAGUAAAGGUUGGGGGUGUCACAGACAAUUCAGAUAAUGAGGAAGACAGUGGUCGGAAAAAGCGGACGCGGUUACUUGGGACCAAGGAAGAGCGUCAAAGUGUCAAGAUGCAGCUGUUCAAUUUUAACGAUUUGACCAAUGAUCGUGAAUGGCUGUAUGAAGUGCUGCUCAGCGACACUGAUACUGAGACGGAAAUAAGCGACGAGGAUGAUUAUAUUAAAGAGCUACUUAAAACACAUAUGCUAGAACAGAGGCAUCGAGAAAAUUUUUAUAAAAAAACAACAAAUAACCAAUAUGCUUACUAUGGAGCUGGUAUGCUCUCCAAUCAUGAUAUGUUUCCCGAACAUCAACAGUCCAUUGUUGGCGUCCGUAAGCGGAGGCGACGCACUAAGAAAGAUAAGCCUGUAAAACCACCCAAGUUGCCAAAAGAGCCAAAGAUGCGUAAGCCGCGUAAGUCUAAGUUGGAUCAACCUGAGCCAGGUGAAAUACUACCUUCUGAGUUGAACAACUAUGUGCUUGGCGAUACUUCAGCUGUUAAUGACGAAGACGACAAUAUUUCCGUUGAGAUGGACUGUACCUUAGAUGCCAAUCAGUCGCCAAUAGCUCCAAAUGGGCUGCCACACAGCGGCCGAGGCCGACGACGCAAAAGUCAACAGCAACGUACUCCCGAGGUAAUGGCAGCGCGCCGUCGACGUGUUUGGCAAUUGAUGGCGAAGAAGGAACUUGGCCGUUGCCAACGCGCUAAGGCGAAUAAUCAUAAAGAGGUGGUGCAAAAUUGCAAACGUGUGGCCACUAUGUGCUCAAAAGUCGUACGACAACGCGCUAUGGUAUCGCAGAAAGUGAUGAAGGAGACAAUAUGGCGUGCUAAGCGUUUGACUCGUGAAAUGAUGGGCUAUUGGAAGCGUUAUGAGCGUGUAGAACGUGACACGCGUCGACGGAUGGAGCGCGAAGCUGAAGAACAACGCAAAAUGGAUGUGGAGAUCAUUGAAGCGAAGCGACAGCAACGUAAAUUGAAUUUUCUGAUUACACAAACAGAAUUGUAUGCGCAUUUUAUGUCUAAAAAGCUGGGACAAGGCACCGAAGAGGAACAGUUGCGCAUAUUAAAUCAACUGGAUGAAGAGAUAAAUCCCCGGCUGGCAGCUUAUGAUGAUUACGACGCCGAACAUUAUAAGUCGCUGGCGCAAAAAAAUGCCGAGCUUGCGUUCUCUGCAGAUCGAGAUAAAACGCGCCGAUUUGAUGUCGUGGCGCACGUAAAGCAGGAAAAGCAGGAACCGUUAGAAGAACAAAUGGAAGAUAUCAAGAAGGAGGAGGAUGAUGCAGAGAUGACUUCGUUUGUAAGGCCAGCUAAAGCGGAUGUGCCACAGCCGGAAAUGUUCAAAGGCACUCUGAAGACGUAUCAGCUAAAGGGUGUCACGUGGCUCGCAAACCUCUACGACCAGGGCAUUAGCGGCAUACUGGCUGACGAGAUGGGUCUUGGCAAAACUGUACAGUCGAUCGCAUUUCUCUGUCACAUCGCUGAACGUUAUGGUGUGUGGGGGCCUUUUCUGGUUAUCUCACCUGCCUCAACGUUACAUAAUUGGCAACAAGAAAUGCAACGCUUUGUACCCGAUUUUAAUGUAGUACCUUAUUGGGGUUCGCCAAAUGAACGCAAAAUACUACGCCAAUUUUGGGAACAAAAGGAUUUGCAUACACGUGAGGCUAGCUUUCAUGUGGUGAUCACUUCGUACCAGCUUAUUGUAUCCGAUUACAAGUACUUUAAUCGCAUCAAAUGGCAGUAUAUGGUGUUAGAUGAGGCGCAGGCCAUUAAGAGCGCCUCUUCGAUGCGUUGGAAACUACUACUCGGGUUCAAUUGCCGAAAUCGACUUCUGCUCAGUGGCACGCCCAUUCAAAACAGCAUGGCAGAAUUAUGGGCGCUUUUGCACUUUAUCAUGCCAACACUUUUCGACUCGCAUGAUGAAUUCAAUGAAUGGUUCUCGAAGGAUAUUGAAUCACAUGCUGAAAAUAAGACGGGCAUCGAUGAAAAACAAAUAUCACGCCUACAUAUGAUACUAAAGCCGUUCAUGUUGCGGCGCAUCAAAAAGGAUGUGGAAAAUGAAUUGUCCGAUAAGAUUGAGAUUAUGGUAUAUUGCCCACUCACCAUACGCCAAAAAUUGCUCUACAUGGCGUUGAAGAAGAAAAUACGUAUUGAGGAUUUGUUGCAUUUUACGGGCGCUGGAGCGGGCAGUGCCGGCGAUGGCCAUCAUUUUGAUAAGAACUUCACAUCGAAUCUCAUGAAUUUGGUAAUGCAGUUCCGGAAAGUGUGCAAUCAUCCAGAACUCUUCGAACGGCGUGAUGCUAAAAGUCCUUUCGCCAUGCGUUGUGAGGAAUACGUGCUGCCACGUCUGGUGUAUGAUGAGUGUAUGUUGCAUCGUGCCAUACCAAGCAAACGUCAUUUGCUCUAUAAUAGGUUUUCCAUUUUCAAAGCAGCUAACAUACAGCAGUCGCUCUUCAGUGAACCCUGCGUCACCAAAGCUCAAAAAUCCAACGAAAACUAUGCACGUUACGUAGACUUAAAUGUCAGCGGUGAUUGCUGUUUUAGUUUUAUGCGACUCUGCGAUCUUUCACCGAGCGAUAUGGAAAAUGUCACUAUUAACGGGUUGAUUACCUACAUUUUACACUAUCGGCGCAGACUGAUCCAAUAUGCUUUACUGGCAUACCGGCGCCAAUGGUGGCCGUAUUAUAGAGCCACACGCUUCCAAUUGCUUGAGGUAUUGCUUGAGGAUACGCUACACCGCAGCUUUAUAAUGGAACAGAGUGUGCUACGUAAUUUUCUCUUCACUGGUGUAACUACCCAAAAUAGCACUGUUUACUCCUUCGCCAAAUACAAAACCGUUAACAUUCAGGAAACCAUUGAACAUCGUGUCAUCCGCAGCAAGCAUAGUGAUUCAACGAAAAAGUCUUGUGUGGAACUGGCUAGUUUUAAUGACUCUAUCGGUAUAAAAAUGGAAUCGGAUUUGGACACAAGCGAGGAUGCUUCACAAUUGAGUGUGUCGAGCAAGUCACAAAAAUCUGUCGCGAAACACAAAGACGAUAUAGAUGCAAAUGCCAAGUUGUUGCCUGAAUUUCCACAUAUGCCACGCACGCCUACCGUAUACCAAUGUGAAGCGCUUGAGAUGCCGCGUUUCCUCUAUGGACUCAGUCAACGUGUGCAGGCCGUUAAACGACAUAUGUACUGUGAAAGCCGUGACGCUGCUUGGGCUCACAUACGCCACAUACAAUGCGAAAAUCCGACUGGUUUGCAGUUGGUUAACAACGCGCUGGAUUUAUGUCGCCCACGUUAUGGUUGGUCAUCAAUUGUGGUGCCCGAUAAGCAGACACUCGUUUCUGAUGCUGGCAAAUUAGCUGUGCUAGAUAGUUUGCUGACACGUCUCAAAGCGCAGGGGCAUCGUGUGCUGAUCUAUUCACAAAUGACGAAAAUGAUUGACUUGCUCGAGGAGUAUAUGUGGCAUCGUAAGCACCGCUACAUGCGUUUGGAUGGCUCGAGUAAAAUUUCAGCACGUCGGGACAUGGUCGCCGAUUUUCAAACGCGUGAAGAUAUAUUUGUUUUUCUGCUAUCAACACGAGCCGGCGGUUUAGGUAUAAAUUUAACGGCUGCAGAUACGGUAAUUUUCUACGAUUCCGAUUGGAAUCCGACUGUCGAUCAGCAGGCCAUGGAUCGUGCACAUCGUCUUGGGCAAACGAAACAGGUGACCGUUUAUCGGCUGAUCUGCAAAGGUACCAUAGAGGAGCGAAUCUUGCAGCGAGCGCGCGAGAAGAGUGAGAUCCAGCGGAUGGUCAUAAGUGGUGGCAAUUUCAAGCCCGACACACUCAAACCAAAGGAAGUGGUUUCAUUGCUAUUGGAUGAUGAGGAAAUUGAAUUGAAGUAUCGCCAAAAAGUUGAUCCCGAUGCAGCAUCAAGUAGCCAAAAUAGAGAUGUGACCAGUGCAGGCAAUGAUAAGAAACGUCAGCGUAACUCAAAUAAGCAACCAUCGGCGACAUCACAAUCCGGUGGCAUUACGAUUCCAGCGGCAGGUAGCAGCGGCAUGGGUGGCGAUGAUGCUAAUUUCAGCAUAAGCGGCUCACCGGCCAUUAAGCGGCAGAAACUGGAAGCCGCCGCUACAAAUGAUGAUGACUCUAUCGAUGUCGCAGCCACUUCGGGCACCUCGAGUCCGAGCACUAGCGCUGCCACAGCGACUGGCGGCAAUAUGGAACCAUUUGUGCCCGGCGCCACCACAGUUUUGCAGCACAACGACGACUCGGAUAACGAGGCAUUGAUUGUGGACUGUGAGAGUCCAUUACAUGGUGCCGAAUCGCCCACUCUAUUUGGUGACUAUGGCAAUAUUGGACGAAUUCGACGUCGCCAUCAUCCGCGCGGCACGAAGCGUGGUCGUCCACGCGGCAGUACUAGGCGUGGCGGUGGUAAUGGCACACUGGGUCGUUCGCUCUCCUCGCCGGGUAAUGGAAAUGUAACAACGCCCGCAGCGCCAGGUGGAGAAGACUCACUCACCAAUUUGGGCGUUGCCGAGUCCAGUUUCACUACCACCGUGCCCACACCGAUGAAACGGGGUCCUGGACGUCCCCGCCUCAAGACCGUCGGCCCAGCAUACCAGGGCACACGUGGCGCGCCUCGCACUCGCAAACCCAUCGGACCACUCGUAGUGCCACUCGGCCACAGUCCUGGCGCCACACCACUUUCGCGCAGUCCGGCAGUUAGUCGCGCGCCAAGUCCAAGCUUUUCGGAACGCAGCAAUUACAGUGCAACGGGCGUAACGAUUGGCACACCGCAAGCCAGUGGCAGUGGAGCUGCUGUACGAGACGUUGGUGGAGGGGCAGAUAAUUAGUUUUAAUAAAUAAAAAUAAUAUCCUAUGAUUUGAAUAAUUUAUUUAAACUGUCACUUAAACAUUUUAUUUUUUUAUUUUUUUUAGUAACUCCUUUCUUUAGUAACUCAAGAUUACUGAUAUUUGUGCUUUUAGUAUUUUAAGUGCAAAAUUGUUCAUUAUGCAUUGUUCGUUGUUUUAAGUGGAAAAUUGAAAACAGUUUUGCAUAAAUUGUACGUAUGCAUGCAUAUGUGUAUAUGUAUGUGUAUACAUAUAGUGCAUAAUAAUGAGUUUGUAUUGUAAUAAGAUUAAAAUAAUGUAACUUAGUUUGUAAGCACUCAUAGACCUUGAAAUAGAAUUCACGCUAUUUAAAUCUGUGGGUUUUUGACAAAACAGCAUAUCUCGAGUUAGCACCUUCUUCCUGUCAGGUACUAAAUUACUGGGUUCCAAUGCAAAAUUUAAGCUAUUGAUCAUUCGUAGCUGCAGUUAAAGAAUCUACGUUAAUACAAGUUCUCAUAAGAUACAGGCACACAUUCACACAAUAUUACACAUACAUAUAUACAUAUGAAUGAAAAAGCUGUUAAAGUGAAAUAAGUUGUUUUCGCAAAAGUUCACAGAUGUUUGCAAUUAUGCUGAAACCACAUGAA